UCCUAAGGCUCAUUCAUAGUAGAUAUUGUGAAUAUUACAGCAACUAUCAUUCUGCAACACCAUAGGGGAUUAGACAUGUUUGUUGAAUGAAAACGCAGGCAACCGAAAGUUUAGACAUCUUGCUAAUCCCUGCCCGUCUAAGGGCUGUCUCAGUACAUUGCAUAUCGUCCUCCCUGUCACCUAUUAACCUGUCAAGUAAAGGAACCUAAAAACUCCAGGUGCAUCUCCCUGUGAGGUCUGGGCAGUUUAACUGGAAAGCUAAAAGCGUUAACAAUUGCCCUUCGACCCAUUCGCCCGCUCAUUUAAACUGUGCUUCUCCGCGUGUGCCGUCAAAGUUUGCGCUGAGCGCCGUGGGCCUGCUAGAGUCCACUGGAGGCUCCAGUUCUCACCUGCCCAGGUGUCCCUGGCUCCCCGGCAAGCAGAGCCACCCCAAUCCCGUACCUGUUGAGCGCUCAGCGGCCGGUACCCGCCACUCCCCUCCGUCACCACCACCUUCGCGGGGGCCGCAACCGGCAGAGACGGACACCUGAAGACGCCUGUCAUCUCCACUGGGCGCCACGCCCGCCGCGCCCGCCGCGCCCGGGAAUAAGAAGUGCGCGCCAGGCGGCCAAGGCCGGACCGCCGGGCUGGGCUGCGCGCCGCGGGGCCGCGGGUUUGCGUGCGGGGCGCCGGCAAAGGCACUGCCAUGGACGCGCCGAGGGACAUUGGCACCUUCGUGGUGUGGGAUUACCUGGUGUUCGCGGGCAUGCUGCUUAUCUCGGCCGCCAUCGGCAUCUACUACGCCUUCGCGGGGGGCGGCCAGCAGACCUCUAAGGACUUCCUGAUGGGCGGCCGCAGCAUGACCGCAGUGCCCGUGGCGUUGUCCCUCACCGCCAGCUUCAUGUCGGCCGUCACCAUCCUGGGAUCUCCCUCCGAAGUCUACCGUUUUGGGGCUAUGUACAGCAUCUUUGCCAUCACCUACUUCUUAGUGGUCGUCAUCAGCGCGGAGAUCUUCCUUCCCGUGUUCUACAAACUGGGAAUCACCAGCACCUACGAGUAUUUAGAACUUCGAUUCAACAAAUGUGUUCGUCUCUGUGGAACAGUCCUCUUCAUUGUUCAAACAAUUCUGUAUACUGGAAUUGUGAUUUAUGCCCCUGCCCUGGCUUUAAAUCAAGUUACGGGAUUUGAUCUGUGGGGUGCAGUUGUGGCAACAGGGAUAGUCUGCACAUUCUACUGCACUCUGGGUGGUCUUAAAGCAGUUAUCUGGACAGAUGUUUUUCAAGCUGGGAUCAUGGUGGCUGGAUUUGCAUCUGUGAUUAUACAGGCUGCAGUGAUUCAGGGUGGAUUCAGCACUAUUUUGAAGGAUGCUUAUGAUGGCAGAAGAUUAAACUUCUGGAAUUUUGAUCCUAACCCAUUGCAAAGACACACAUUCUGGACAAUUAUUAUAGGAGGGACCUUCACGUGGACCAGCAUCUAUGGAAUCAACCAAUCUCAAGUACAGAGAUAUAUUUCUUGUAAAAGCAGAUUCCAAGCAAAAAUAUCACUCUACAUCAAUCUUAUUGGACUCUGGGCAAUCCUUACUUGCUCAGUGUUAUGUGGACUCGCCCUGUAUUCCAGGUACCGUGACUGUGAUCCUUGGACAGCCAAGAAAGUGUCUGCACCAGACCAGCUCAUGCCUUAUCUGGUACUGGACAUUUUGCGAGAUUAUCCAGGAGUUCCUGGACUUUUUGUGGCCUGUGUUUACAGUGGAACAUUAAGCACAGUGUCCUCCAGUAUUAAUGCCUUAGCAGCAGUGACUGUGGAAGAUCUUGUCAAACCUCACUUCAGGUCGCUCUCAGAAAGGUCUCUGUCUUGGAUUUCCCAAGGAAUGAGUGUGCUGUAUGGGAUGUGCUGUAUAGCAAUGGCUGCUCUGGCAUCACUAAUGGGAGCCCUGUUACAGGCAGCACUCAGCAUAUUUGGAAUGGUUGGUGGACCACUUCUGGGCUUGUUUUCUUUGGGCAUCAUGGUUCCCUUUGCCAACUCAAUUGGGGCACUUGUUGGUCUGAUGUCUGGAUUUGUUGUUUCUUUAUGGGUUGGAAUUGGAGCUCAACUUUAUCCUCCACUUCCUGAGAGAACUGUGCCAUUACACCUUGACACCUCUGGCUGUAACAGCACGUACAAUGUCACUAAUUUGAUGACAACCACAGAAAUGCCAUUUUCUACUAGUGCUUUUCAAGUACACAAUGCUGAAAGGACUCCACUGAUGGAUAACUGGUAUUCUAUAUCAUAUCUGUAUUUCAGCACUCUUGGAACUUUGGUGGCAUUAUUUGUGGGGAUAGUUAUCAGUUUAUUAACAGGAGGAAGAAAACAGAACUUAGAUACUAAAUUCUUACUGACCAAAGAAGACUUUUUAUCUAAUUUUGAUAUUUUUAAGAAAAAGAGUCAUGUUUUAAGCUAUAAAUCUCAUCCAGUUGAAGAUGGUGGAACUGAUAAUCCUGCCUUCAGCCAUAUUGAAUUGAACUUCACAGAUCAAAGUGGCAAGAUCAAUGGGACUCGUUUGUGAAGCAGCUCUGAAACCAGAUGAUACUAACUAAUGUCUCAAUUUUAUAUGUUUUCUAAGAUAACUGGAUCCAGUUAGGAUUAUUUUCGGUCUUUCUUGAGUAUUUUAGGGGAUACUUUUUUUGGAGCAAAGUCCUGACUUUCUUCUUUUACUGCACUAAUUGAUAUUAUUCUGCAGUUGAGAGUGUCAGCAUCACAUUUUCCUGUCUUUCUCUAUUAUUCCAAGCAGCUUUGGUUGUGAAAUUUAUGAUCACAUGUAACUUGAAAGGCUAAUAUGUACACAUACACAUGAUACUUGAUAGUCAAAGGCAUAUUUUUAGAUUUGGGCAUUACUGAAAAUAUUUUCCAUGCUUUUGGUGCUACCAUGCAAGUUUUGGGGUUUGCCAAAAUCAUAAUUUUCUCCUUCUGCCACUUCUCUAUUUUUAGGGAGCAAUAAGGUGACAAAUCUACAUUGUUUAGGUCUAUUAGCAGCCCAGGAUACACUAUGAACUUGGGAUUGAUUCUGGCUCAGGAAGGUGGGGAUGUGGAAAUGUUCCAUCUAGAACAGAACAUGGACCCAGUUAUCUAGGUCUUCGGGUGACAUUUGACUGAUUCUCCAAAGGUCCUGGCUUUUGGCUGCUUUUAUUGCUUUUUGUAGACUGUAAUUCUUACUUGCAUUCCUAGUUUCUGACCCGACAACUUUGGUUUUGUUAUGUACUUUGUUGAGCUUGCCUUCCUAAUUUCCUGUUUCCUCCAUUGCCCUGGACUUGGCUAUGUCUUCAGGCACUCAAAAUGAACCAUUCCACCCCUGAUCCUGGCUCACCAAGUCGGAGCCUAUAAAUGAUAAAAGCCCAUUAGCCUGGUACCCACACGCAUACCAUUGAUGUAGAUAUUUACAGAUUUGCUGAUCCAAAAACACUGUAUUAUUAAAAAUGGCUAAGUUCCAUGGAGUUCAAUGAUCACACUUAAUACUAUUAAUUUGAACUUUUGAAUGUCAAUCAUUAACAGUCAAUUAAAUUGACUUGGGUACAUGUGCUUAGAAAUCUCAAAAUUCUAGUGUAUGAAUCUAGUAAAGAGCUAAAUUACAUAGGGAAAUACCAUGUUUUUAAUGUUCUGGACUGAAGAAAUAUAUGUACCAUGUUUUAAAGUUUCAAUUAGCAAUCUCAAAGCUGCUUAACUGUUUAUUUUGAUAUUUUCUUAGCUAAGAGUUUGGUUACAGGAUUUCAUUGGUAACUUAUUUUUUUCUAUAAUAUCCACAUUAGAUAUUUUUCAAAGUUUUUUUAAUUUUUCAAUAUUUUUUAAAAGAAAAAUAUUUAGAUAUAUGCAUUUGUUUUAUAAUUAUAUAAUUUUGUGCUUUUUUGAUCUACAUUAUUUAGGAAACCGAGUUUGGUACAUUUAGAUGUUGCUAACUGAUAAUAGUAACAAUAAAAAAUAGGAAGUAGCACUUACUUGUAGUAAAGAGACUUAUAUAACAUUUAAAUGAACUAUAUAUUCAUAUAUUAUGUAUAUAGAUGUUAUUUUUAAUCAGUAUAUUUAUAAGUAAACAUGAAAUUUUAUGAGUAUUUCUACACUGUUUUAAUGAAUGAAAUAUAAUCCUGUUUUUGGUUUGGGUGAGUGUGAUUUUAACUAUCAUUGUUUAUUUAAUAAUUCAAAAUGAAUGUGUAUAGAAUGUUGCUAUUUUGGAAAUCAAAAUCAGAUUUCUUAAAUCACUUUUCCUCCUACCUGAUUGCAAAGGGAUUGUGCAAUGUAUUCUUAAGAAAUAUGAAAGUUGGAAUUUUGUCCACUUUCCCUUAGACAAAGUAUGCCUUUGUGAUAUUUGGAACUAUCAAUGUUUUACUUUUAUAAACACAGGGAAUGCCAGAUGGAGUUCCUAAGAAAGCAAAGUAAUAGUAUUAAUUUAAAAGAAUUUAUCUUAAUUUCUAAAUCUUUUGGUAAAACCAAAUAGGGGUAAAAUUUUGGGGCUGGCAUUGUGGUGUAGCAGGUUAAGCCUCCACCUACAGUGCCGGCAUCCCAAAUGGGCAUUGGUUGGAGUCUCUACUUAUGAUCCAGCUUCCUGAUAAUGUGCCUGGGAAGCAGUGGGAGAUGUUCCAAGUGCUUGGGCCCAUGAACCCCUCCUGGCUCCUGGAUUCAGCUUGGCCCAGCCCUGGCCAUUGUGGCCAUUUGGGGAGUGCGCCAGUGUAUAGAUCUCUGUCUCUCUUCCUCUCUUUAUAACUCUGCCUUUCAAAUAAAUAAAAAAAUAAAUUGUUAAAAAAUUUAAUAUGUUGUAAUAAAAAAUAAAUUAUUGUUUUUGGUCGUUUUAAAUCACACAUACUCUAAUGGGGGAAAGCCACACAUGUUAUCUAUUGAUGUUUUGUUGAUGACAAGUUUGUGCUCUUGAAUUUAUCCUUAAUCUCCUCUGUUGGUGAUCCAUAGCACUGAACUUCUGCCUACCUCACAGAAAUAACAGGAAUCUAAAACACUGGGUCGAGAGCACUUUGGCAGAACAGCACUUAUGUUAACUCACAUACUGUUACCUAAUAUUUCAAUAUAUUGGGAUUCAAAGUUUCAGACAAAAGUCACUUGCCAGUUUUUUAAAAGAUGAACUCAAUAAUUUUCAGUGUCAUGAUGUAGAGGUAGUGUUUUCUCAAAAAAAAUGUGUGCUAUUUUCCUAAAUUAGGAUAUAUUUAGGAAUCAACAGGAUUAUCCUAAGAGAUAGAAUAUAAACUUUAAAGAAAGAUCUAGAUUAGUCAUAUUCACUGCAUCAAGAAGUGAAAAUUAUAUAAACAGAAUAUAAAAAAGCAUAAGUUCACAUUCAUUUAUUAGUUGCGCACAUAGUCAUUUUAUCUCCAGACCAGUGGUUCUCAACAGGGGCAACUUGGCCUCUUAGAGGACAUUUGAAUAUGUCUGGGGAUAUUUUUGGCUGUGACAACUGGCUAGUGGCAGUGCUACUGGAACCUAACAGGUAGAAUUUAUAGAAGAUGCUAAACAUCUUUGGGGGUGGGACAACUCACCUCCCCCAAAACAAAAACGUUAUCCAGCUCAGGACAUCAAUAGUAUAGAGUUGGAGAAACCCUGCCUGGAGACUGUGGUUGGUUUUGCUGAAGUCACACUGACAGGUUAUGUUUCUUCAGUGCAAUCUUGACUAUUUGAUCUGAAUGUUUUCAUCUACAGGUGAGGAUGGAAAUGCCACUAGCGUAUGAACUGUUAUGAUGCAGAAUAGUGGACCUAUAUUUUGACAGCAUUAUGAAAAUAUUGAAGACUCUGGAAUUGUGAAUAACUAUGUAAACAAGGCAUAGGAUAGUUUAGGUUCUCCACUGGGUUUCUAAUAUUGACAAACAUUGUGAUGAAGUUAAUGUUAAAUAUGUGAAUGUAAAGAUUUCUUAAUUUUGUUAUAUUUAUGAAAAUUACAGAAAGUAUAGUUUUUUCUUUAAUAAUCAAGUGUCCAUGAUGCAGAUACAUGGGAGGGGGUGGAAUUCAGAUGGAAGAAGUAACCCUUUGUAUUGAUUCUUAUAGGAAAUGCUGAGUUUUUUCAUAAAGAUUGUUGAUAAAGAUUCAAUUAAAUGCAUAACAAUUCAGUUACUGAAAUUUCACUAUAUGCUUUUGUAUUUAAGUUUUGUGCCCAUUGCUUAUGAAAAAGCUUGGGAGAGUUGAAUAUCAUGGUGAAAAACUAAUUUGAUGGUUGUAAAUAUGAUUUUGCAGUUGCAAACUCUUGGAAGAUCAGUAUCAAAUUGAAUAUAAUGAAUUUCAUCACCCUUUAUGGAAAGAAAUUUCUACCCUAUUUACUACAUAAAUGACUCUUCCUAAAUGCCAUAGAUAAGUGCUUAUAAAAGUGUA